AUGGGUCGUAAGCGGACGUUCACCACCAUUGUCAAUGGCCGUGCCAAACCAAGUGCCAAUGGCACAGAAUCCGGACAUGCUGGUGGAAUACAGAAUGGAGUAACCGGUGCAUCAGAGGACCUUGAAGCCAGCGCAGCUCAUUUAUCGCCGGACUGGGAGAUUGGGUACGAACAGAUGUACUUUUCUAAUAGAGGCGUCCUCUAUGAAGACCCUCAGAUCCAGGUUGCAUCAUCUGCCAUCGGAUCAUUUACAACCACUCUCGACAAUAAAUCCGCACCAGCUCUGAAAAUUGACACAAAGAGUCUACCGGAGUCGCAUGUUGAAGCUGACUUUCAAGUUCAAGAAACCAUAGUAUGUACGUCAGUAGCCCCUUUUUCGGAACCACCUAAGAUCCGAAUAUCAUAUCUUGCCGGCGCGCUUCAGGGGUAUGCCCUGGAACUCCCAAUCCUGGCUCAUCGAUUCAUGGACCCUUCGGAACUCUCGUCAGAAGACUUUUUCAAGCGCUGGCGUCAAUUUGGCGCAGGGCCGCUGGGAGCACAGAGUACUUUUAGCCUCAAGACCCGGCGACAGAGAUGA